GAUGUUGCCGCAAAUCCGCAAACCCAAGCGAAUUUGUAUUUGAACUCUUUAGCCAAAAAGAUGAGUGGGAAGAGCAUCUGCUGUGAUAUGUUUGUGAUGAGUGAAAAAUACAGUGACAUUGUGACGAUAGGAGAGAUCAGUCGUUACACGGGUGGUGAGUUGUAUUACUAUCCCAAAUUCCAAGGAAUGGAAUCACUGAAGUUGCAAAAAGAUAUGAUGAACUGCUUUGAUAGUGAUUGUGGAUUUGAUGUUGAAGUGCGUCUGAGGACAUCAACUGGAGUUUUCAUCGAAGAGUAUUUGGGCAAUUUACUUCCAAGUACUGAAAUGGUAGAUACUGUUCGUAUUGGAUAUAUGAAGAGUGAUCAGAGUGUUAUAGGGAUCAUGGACUAUGAUGAAGAGAUCAAUAAGUUUGUUGGGUUCUUCUUACAGGCUGUUGUGUUGUACACCGACAUUAUGGGCAAAAAGAGGAUGAAAAUUUUUAAUGGGUUUUACUCGACAGUGAGCGAGGCAAAUGACAUAUUCAAGAAAGCGGAUUUGGACGUCAUCUUCACGACGAUAUUACGACAGACAAUCAAAGGCGGCAAUUUCAGAAAUAACGAAAGUUUGAAUUUGGAAGUCCUUGAGAAGGUCACAAACAUCUUAGCUGCAUAUAGAAAGUAUUGCUCGGUGCAUGCCAAAUCUUCGAUUUUGUUGUUACCCGAAGCAUUAAAACUGUUACCCAUUUUUGUGUUGGGAGCAAUGAAAACACCGGCAUUCAUGGCGUUUGGUCAAAUGAAUUCGAUCGCUCGAGACUUCGCAUUUGAUGGUGCUGCAAGUGACUUAAAAUUUGCGUCGAUCUAUCAAGCGAGUGGGAAGAAUACAAAAACAUUACUCAAAGAAUAUUACCCAACGUGUUAUAAUGUGACUGGGCACUUGAAUGGAAAUGUUUCUGAAGACGCGUUUUCUGAUGAUUCUCACAAAGUCAGACUUGCCAUUAACAACUUCAAAGAAGACGAAGUCUAUUUGUUCGAGUCGAAUGGAGUAUUCAAACUAUUUGUUGGAUAUAGUGUGAGUGAGGAGAUCAAGGCAAAACUCUUUGGUGAAGGGGUUAAGAUGGAGCAGAACACACAAUUGACCACAAUGUUAUACUCGAAUGCACUCGCUGACAACAACAACUUAAUGACUAAACUGAUCUAUUGGAUAUCGGGGAUGUCGUUUGUACCUAUGGUUCUUGUUGAUGUUGUUCCAUUUAGACUGAUUGAUUUGCCGAAGUAUAUGGUCGAAGACAAGACUUUCAUGGGUGUUUCUUACUUCGAUUUAUUGGUCUAUUGCCACAAAAAAAUACAGCAGAAGUUAAAUUGA